UGGCUAGAAUAUUAAUUUUUUUUAUAAACAAGACAUCCUCGUCCACUCGCCAGCAAAUCUUCUAUUUUCUGACCUCUGGCUGAAGCCUCCUUCUGUUUUCUUCCGUUUCCGAGUAGCAGAAUAACUGUGAUAUCGCCCCAGAGUUAGAUCUCCUCUUCUCAUCCGGCUGAACGGCUAAGGUCUGCGACACAGCGAGUGUGCUAGUAAACACUUUAGUUGAACACAGCUGUAAUUUCAUUGCGGACGGAGAAGUCCCACCAGGUGGUGAGGAUAGGCGAAAUCACUCCACCAGUUCCACGCUGCACCCACACUGUGCAGCUGCCCAUUCAUUGCAGGAUCGGGGAGUGGAGCCUGGAGGUCUGCGACGGUGUGAGUGAUCUGUCCGUGCGGUGAACGCGGGAGCAGGGGCGCAACAAGGCUGGUAUCAUUGUACGAACCCCGCGCCCGACACUAACAGGACGGACGGACGAACGGACGGACGGACGUUUCAACUAGAACUAGAAGGCUAAGGAGGAGAGACAGGGCAGCAAACACUCGAGCAGCACUCGAACACGCAGUCAGUAAGCGAUGAGCACCUACCCACUGUUCGACUUGGAGGAAGGUGAUGACGCGAAGCGCUUAGCGCCGUGGCAGAAACAAGCUGUUGCGAGCGUGUGGAAGGCCAUGAAGGAAGAUGCUACUCCUCAAGACAUCAUUGACUAUUUAAUCCAGUAUCUGGUGAUGAAACCUGCAGAAAUUCAUGCAAGGCAUCGGCUGGCUCAAGAGGUCACUGAAGACAUACUGAAGAACAUUCUGAAAAAACCUGUCAAGUGUCUGAAAGUGUUUGGUAAAGCCUUGUGUCACGAGGAUUACUGCAGUCUACACUUGGCGGAACUCUUCCAUAAAGCUUUGGAGCUACAAAAGCAGCGAGCGGAAAGCAGCACGAUGAGUCCAGGGAACACCAGCAAUGGUAGCAGCUUGUCUGACACGGCUGCGAUGGAGGCACCCCCAUUCCAAGAUCAUUCAGUUCACUUUGGGCAGCAGUGCGAACAGGAGGAGGAAACAGCGUUGCCUUUCCCCCAACAGCACUCCAUGGUUAAUGACGACGAGAGCUAUGAUUAUUCUGGAAAUGGACGUCAACCCCUCGCAGUACACAACCGUGCUGCUGCUGCUGCUGCUGCUGGUGCGGUUAGCAGUACUGCUGGUGUUGGAUUCGAUUUUCCUGAUGGAGCUGCUGCUUCCGCCGCCGCCGUCUCUCGUCUGCCUGCCGGUGAGUGUUAAAUCUGUGUGUGUGUG